AAAUUUACCACCGAGUCGAACGAACUAUAGGUGUUGUUGGGCCCCCAGAAUCCAGGAAAUAUUUUACCAUUUCUUUAUUAUGUUUAUAAUAAUAAUUGUUUUUUUUUUUUGAAACUGUUUAUAAUAAUUAUUGUUAUUUCUACUUUCAUUCCUUCAAACUUUUUUAAGGAUUAAAUGAAAAUAAUAAAAUCAAAGUUAGAAACAUAAAACAUCACUCAUCCUACUCCUAGUAAUCAGUAACUUAUCAUUUGAUUGUUUCUUCUUCUCCACUAUAACCCAUCAUUCCCGCCGCCACCAAUUCUUUAUUUGCCUCACGAUUCAGGUAAUUUCCCAACCUCACUGCUUCAAUCUCAAUCCCUCUGCAGGCGCGCUUUCCUUAGAAACAUGUUCGUAAAUAUUUCUCUUGAUUUUGUCUGAAUCUGGAUUCGAAUUGUCGACGGAUUCAUGUACUCACUGGAGAAACCCUAAUUUUCCUUCCUUCGUAGAGUUGUGGAAUCUGUUCGGUGAUGGCAGACCUCAAAGAACGUCUGCUUCCACCAAAACCUGCGUCAGCUAUAAAUUUGAGAGAUAAUUCAUUCAGGCCAUCUGCCUCUGGCCGUAUCCCAUUUCAGGGAGUCGAUGUUUCAGGCCUGAAGAAGCGUGGGCAAGGUCUUCGAUCAUGGAUACGUGUUGAUGUAACAGGGAAUUCCCAAGUGAUUGAGGUUGACAAGUUCAGUAUGAUGCGUCGAUGUGAUCUUCCUGCACGUGAUCUAAGAUUACUAGACCCGUUGUUCGUCUAUCCAUCUACUAUCCUUGGCAGAGAGAAAGCGAUUGUUGUAAAUCUUGAACAGAUCCGAUGCAUCAUUACUGCAGAUGAGGUUUUGCUCUUAAAUUCCCUUGAUAGCUAUGUUCUGCAGUAUGUGGUGGAAUUGCAGAGGCGGUUACAAGCUGCAGGAGUAGGUGAAGUUUGGCAGUCUGAAGGUCCAGAUUCAGGCAGAAGGAGAGGAAGCAGAAAUUUUGACAAUAUGUUUGGAAACACAUCUCCAGAUUACCUUCCUUUUGAGUUCAGAGCUCUUGAAGUUGCAUUGGAGGCGGCCUGUACAUUUUUGGAUUCUCAGGCAGCAGAAUUGGAGAUUGAAGCAUAUCCACUUUUGGAUGAACUUACUUCAAAAAUCAGCACAUUGAAUUUGGAACGAGUUCGUAGACUAAAAAGCAGGCUUGUCGCAUUGACUCGGAGAGUUCAGAAGGUCAGGGAUGAGAUAGAACAACUGAUGGAUGAUGACGGGGACAUGGCUGAAAUGUAUCUCACUGAGAAGAAAAGUCGCAUGGAAUCUUCAUUUUAUGGUGAUCAAUCUUUGGUAGGAUAUCGAUCAAAUGAUGGUGGAUUAUCUCUCUCUGCUCCUGUUUCUCCCGUUUCUUCACCUCCUGAGAGCCGGAAGCUUGAGAAAUGCCUUAGCAUAGCAAGGAGCAGACAUGAAAGUGUCAGGAGCUCAGAAAGUGCUACAGAAAAUAUAGAAGAGCUGGAAAUGUUGUUGGAGGCCUACUUCGUUGUCAUCGACAGCACACUGAACAAACUGACUUCGUUGAAGGAGUAUAUUGACGAUACAGAAGAUUUCAUCAAUAUUCAGCUGGAUAAUGUUCGGAACCAGCUCAUACAGUUUGAGCUGUUAUUGACUACUGCGACUUUCGUUGUUGCAAUAUUUGGAGUGGUAGCUGGGAUAUUUGGCAUGAACUUUGAGAUACCGAUGUUCAACAACCCCGGUGCAUUCAAAUGGGUCCUAGUGAUCACAGGAGUUACCGGAGCCAUCAUUUUUUCCACAUUUUUAUGGUUCUUCAAAUAUAGAAGACUGAUGCCACUAUAGACUGCUGGAUGAAGCUGCAGGCUUUUGAAGCUGGAAAUGUCUUAAGUUUAAUUGCUCCUCACAUAAUUGUACAAAAAUAUAUUUCUGUGUUAGUUGACCUUUCUUUGUAACUAAAAAAUUGGUUAAUAGCUCCUUACUGCAGUUUGCUUUACUGCAAGGAUGGGAAAAUAUGUCAUUACAGGAAUAAUAAGUGAGCUUCAUCAUUGAUUUUCAGCAA